UUGAUGUCGUUCUCUUUUAAACUGAAACAAAACCUGUGUCUUUUGUAGGUCUGGCGGUGUAGAUACAACGUUGAUUGGGGAAUAGCCCCGAGCUGUGCCAGUGAGUCAGGGAUGGUUGUUGCUGGUUCAGGAUACACCAGCAGGGGACAGGAGAUGUCCAGGUUUCUACAGCUUCGGGUCGGUACACAGCUGUGAUUUCCAUCGCCCCCUGCUCUCUCACUCGCUUUCGCUGGCAGUUUGUAGCGAAGGCUCUUUGUGUUUGUGCUCGGUCUGCCUGCCGAUGGCUUGCUCGGUGCAGGAACACAGUGUGUCCCUGGUUUUUGUUAACGAGGAUCAGAAAGGAGGCUUCCAGUUCACCCACUCCCCGGAGAGUCAGCAGCCCCUUAAACUCGAAGUGAAAGUGCAAGAGGAAGAAGCGUCUUUGCGUUUGAUUGACCAGUUCUUUACCUUUUAUAAUUCCUUAAAAAUGUUUAAAAACUCCAAGACAGUGUGUUCAGCAUUUAGCCAACGAACAGAAGAUGCAUCUGCAGUACAGUAUUUCCAGUUUUAUGGUUGUUUAUCACAACAACAGAGCAUGAUGCAAGACUAUAUAAAGACAGCCACUUACCAAAGGGCAAUGCUGCAGAAUCAUGAUGAUUUUAAUGGUAAGGUUGUCCUUGAUGUGGGUUGUGGGUCAGGAAUCCUUUCGUUCUUCGCAGUUCAAGCAGGAGCUAGGAAAGUCUACGCUGUGGAGGCCAGCUCAAUGUCAAAAUAUGCAGAGAUUCUAGUGAGAAGUAACAAUCUUUCAGAACAGGUAAUGAUCCUGGAAGGGAAAAUUGAGGAAAUUGCCAUUCCUGAGAAAGUGGACAUCAUUAUUUCAGAACCCAUGGGAUAUUUGUUAUUUAAUGAAAGGAUGCUCGAAAGUUACCUCCAUGCAAAGAAGUGGCUGAAACCAAAUGGGAUGAUGUUUCCUACUUUUGGUGAUGUUCAUCUUGCUCCGUUUUCUGAUGAGCAGCUUUACAUGGAACACUACACAAGGGCAAAUUUCUGGUACCAGCAGUGUUUCCAUGGGAUUAAUCUGACUGGCCUUUGCAAUGCAGCUAUGGAAGAGUACUUCAGUCAGCCGAUUGUAGAUACCUUUGAUGUUGUCAUUUUGAUGGCACGGUCUGUCAAGUACACGGUAAAUUUUCUACAGUCCGAUGAGGAUGAUUUGCAUCGAAUGGAGAUCCCCUUCGUCUUCCAGAUUCUUCAGUCUGGACCAGUCCAUGGCUUAGCAUUUUGGUUUGAUGUGGCAUUUGUGGGUACACAAAAAACAGUCUGGCUAUCGACAUCUCCUGCUGAACCGCUGACCCACUGGUAUCAAGUGCGAUGCCUCCUACAGACACCAUUGAUUGCCAAAGAAGGUGAAACAUUUUCAGGGAAGGUCUUACUUGUGGCUAAUAAACGACAAAGCUAUGAUAUUCACAUUAUGGGUAUGAUGGACCAAACUGGCUUCAAAUCUGGAAACCUCCUAGACUUAAAGAAUCCUUUCUUCAGUUUUUACGAAUGAAUCCUUGUGAAAAAUUCCCCUCUAAACUGACACCAGCUUAUCUACCAAUACGAUACUCAGGUGACCCAUAGCAACGGGACUGCAAUGCAACAACUAGAUACAGAUGAUUUUGUGAUGCCUCCCAGUUGCAUUAACCCCUUUUCUAGAACAUUUUAUCAAUGUUAUCACUUGUGCAAAAUAUCAAAUAAUGUCUGAAAUCUUCAAUCAAAAGGAGCCAACCAAACCAUCAAUCAACAACUGAAAAGUACAGAAAUAAUGUGAUAAUCAUGUAGAUAUUUACAAUGUUAGCCAUGUUCGUGUGUCUGUGCACACAGCCAGUGGUUGCUAUCUGUAGAAGGUCAGAUCUGAUCAAAAAUAUUAUGUAAAUAGGGCAGUCUUAACAAGCUGAACAGUAAUGUAACAUUUUUAUUUCACCUUUCAUAAUAAUAGAUAAAUUAUAAUGAGAAAAUGCUUUAGAGCAAAAUUCAUUAUAAUAAAAUAUUUAAUAGGUAUGGCUUAUUUAUAUCUUGGCAUUCUAUGUAAUAUUUUGGACAUAUGUAGCUAUAUUACGGUGGAAAAUAUGUGCUGUAUAGCUUAUAGUGUAGAAUUAUUAACUUUUAUAAUUAAACUUUACACUCAUUAUAUUGGAGGAUGUCACUGCAAGGGGUUGUGACUUAUUUUGUUAUCCAGUGCAAUGGACUCAUUCCUGGGUUGGAUAAUGUAGAAUAAAUGUACUCCAUUGUACACUUUCCCAACAACGAAGAACAACCUGAAGCUAAGAGGUACCAGCUAGAAACCAAACCAGCCUUUCUUGCCGUAAGGUUAACCAAGUCCGAACCUCUGGGUGAUUUUAUCAUGGCCCCAUGGCAAGAGAAAGGGCAAUCUGCUACCAAACUCUGUAUCAAAUUAUUAAUGCUGUUUAUUAUUAUUAUUUUCAAAAACUGUUCAAAUGUUACCAGUUCACCCACUUCCAAAUCACAGCAAUCGGUUAACUUUAUAGUUAUUUUUCUAAGACUUGUAUUUGUAAAGGGAAAAUCAUGACUUCAAGCCUAUAAUUUGAAGUCACUAUUGAUGAAAGCGGUUUUGAGAAUAUUGGAUGUGUUCUGUUUAAUUUUGCAGAGAUGCCCAGAAACCAUACUUGGUAAUUCUUUGUAAUUCAUACAACCAAAACAAGGUCAUGAGACAUCAGCAAGGUCCCUUUCCUAAAAGGCUGCAGGCUAACUGCUAGUUCUGAUAGUGUAUCAGGUUACAGUUCACAAAUGUGUGUGUCUGUGUGUGUUUGUAUAUGUGUGGGUAUGUGUGUGUGUGGGGGUGGUGA